AUGAAACGUAUGGCAAUGCCGCUACCAUCGUCAGCAUCAUCGAAUCAUCUAAGUAGCCAUUCUAUGAUGCCAGAUCUUCUAUGGAUAAGUAAACAACAGCAGCAACAUCCAUCAACUCUUGCGCAUCCAUUACGCAAUACUAUACGUGUAAGUUCGAAUGGUAUACGUCAUAAAUUUGAUGGUAAACAAUGGCGACCAUUAUGCGAAUCACCUGACGGAUUUGAAUGUCGAAACUUAGUGUUUCGUUCAGCAUUGUGUCAAAAGCAUUUUUAUAAAUUACAUCAAUUUAAACGACCUUGCGGGAAAAGUGGAUCAAUAUCAUCAUCAUUACCCAGUAUGGUACCCCAUUCAUUGAAACGAUCAUUACCAAGCUCAUUUGAAAAACAGCAACAUCAUCAUCAUCAUCAUCAUUCUAAGAACGACCAUCAUGAUAUUGAAAAUGAACAUGAAAAUAUUUAUAAAGAUGAUGAUUCAAUUGAAGUUCUUGAAAAUAAUGAUCCGAUGACAACAAAACCAGAACGUAGUGAAUUAAAAAAUCACUCACAACCUGAACAUCAUUAUUUUUCGAUUGCUUGUGAUCCACAAUUGGCCUCCGAUACUAAUGAUAUAACUCAUGUUAAACCCGAACCAUUACCACAAUGUAAACUAUUAAAUGCAAUCAAUAAUAAUUCUGUUCUACCGAAUGAAUCAGAAAAUUCAUCUGUAAAUAUAUCACUACCAAAAGUAGCUGAAUCAGUACGUCUUGGUUUACCACCAUUAACACGUACGGAAGAAAAAUCUUUGGCUUAUGAGCUUAUAGCACAGUUACCAGCAGACGCAACUGUAGCCAUCGCUGAGCAUACGGCACGUCGUCGAGCUUGUGAAAUAGUUCUUGAUAAUUAUUCUCAUCAAUUAUCACCAAUAAAUAUAACACCUGAAUGGUUUUAUGAUUUUCUUUUAAGAAAUCCACGUGUACCAAUACAUUUUCAAUCAUGGUUUUCAUCUGUGAAAUCAAAUUUUCCACCAACGGAUCAAUUGAUUGAUAUUAAAAUAUGGGAACUUGGACUGGUUACAAGAUCUAUAAUGUCACCGUCUUCAGUCCCAGCGAGUUCGUCUUCGCCUUGA